AUGGCCGACAGCUCUAUCUAUUCAACACUACAGCUGCCGGAGGCACCUCAGGUCCAAGUUGAGUCCAGAUGGAAGCUCAAAGCUGUCUUACACCGGCCCCGUCUUUCCUGUCUUGCAAUGGCGGCUUUGGGGCUUUUGACUGUGAUUCUCAUGAGUCUGCUGAUGUAUCAAUGGAUCUUGUGCUGUGGCUCCAAGGACUCUACGUGUUCUCACUGCCCCAGCUGCCCCAUCCUCUGGACGAGGAAUGGUAGUGACUGUUAUUAUUUUUCAACGGAGAAAAAGGACUGGAAUUCUAGUCUGAAAUUCUGUGCAGACAAAGGCUCACAUCUCCUUACAUUUCCAGACAACCAGGGAGUGAAUCUGUUUGGAGAGUACCUGGAUCAGGACUUUUACUGGAUUGGCUUGAGGAACAUUGAUGGCUGGAGGUGGGAAGGUGGCCCAGCUCUCGGCUUGAGGAUUCUUACCAACAGCUUGAUACAGAGGUGCGGUACCAUCCACAGAAGUGGCCUCCGAGCCUCCAGUUGUGAAGUUGCUUUGCAGUGGAUCUGUAAGAAGGCCCUGUACUGA